AUGGGCCCCAACUCGCAAAUGGGGCCCAAUCCGCAGUUGUAUGCGUCCCUCUCAGUACGACAUCGUCCUGGGGCAGGUGCACUGCUGGAUCCGGUGCCGUCCAUUGCCAAGCUGACGCCGGACGGGCAGGACCUGUUGGAUGCGCUGGCACGGUUCACCUACUUCGAUCGGUGGUCGGAGGAGCAGCGGCGGGACUGCUGCCACCGGGCCCAGAUCCGUCAGUUCGAACCGGACCAGACCGUGUUCAUCGAGGGGCAGGCACCCGUCAACUAUGCACACUUCAUGCUGAGCGGUGAGUGUGGCCUGCUGCAGUGUCUGAUGCUUCACCGGCGCCGCGAUCGGCGCACCGGAGCGAAAAGGUAUCGGCUGUCCAGGGCGCAACCGACCGAGGAUGAAAUUACACGGUUCCAUCGCCGACGUCGCCAGCAGGGUGUGGAACAAUCGCAAACAGCGGAACACCCGGCCAGCACACAUAAGGCGACCAAAUUCGAGCACCAUUUCGUCGACAUUGCUACGUACAGUCGCGGGUCGGUCUUCGGCAUCGGUGAACAUAUGGUCGACCGGGCUGUGUUCGCACGCACCCACGUCCAGUGUUUGCUGAUACCGCGCUACUGGCUGCUGGAGAAACCGCAAAACCGUGGAAAUAUCUGGAACCGCAUCAGGAUCUUUCUCGAGCAGCGGCAACCAUCGCGCGAGCGGCUCUUCCGUUGGUUUCUCAACGAGCUGCUCUGGCACCGGUACCGCCGACAGCUGGUGGAUGAUUUUCUGCUGGUGCAUGCGCCGCGUCACCUGCCGCGGUUGAUCGAUGUGCCGCUGGUGUGCCGAAUCGCGGAGUGUGACGUACAGCAGGAAACCGAUUAG